AUGGAGGCAUUGUCACCUUAUUUGGUGGCAUUAGCGAUACAAGUAACAUACACAGGCAUGUUUUUCAUAUCUAAGUUUGCUUUUGACGUUGGGAUGAAUACUUUUGUGUUUGCGUUUUAUAGACAACUCUUCGGCGCCGCAGCCAUGGUUCCGGUCGCCUUCUUUAUGGAAAGGAAAACUGCACCACACUUAACGUUCAAGACUUUCGUAAUGCUUUUUGCGGUCUCUUUUGUUGGGAUGACAACGACUUUGAAUUUGUAUGGUGUGGGGGUGAAGCUAACCAGUGAAACUUUGGGCGCUGCAGCUGCGAACAGCCUUCCGGUCUCAACUUUUAUCCUCGCACUUAUUUUCCGAACGGAAAAGGUGGACCUAAAGAAAAUGAGUGGAAUAGUGAAGGUAUUAGGGGUAUGCCUUUGCGCUGGGGGAGCGGCAACCAUUGGACUGUACACUGGGCCCACUUUUAAGCUACAUCACCACCUCUUCAACUUGCACGGCCACGAUGCAUCUCAUCGGCCUGCUUCUUCUUCCGGCAACAAAUGGAUUAUGGGUGUCUUGCUUACCUUCGCAUCUAGCGUUUCUGGGAGUUUCUGGAUCGUCAUACAGAAUGGAAUUCUGAGACGAUACCCUUCCAAGAUUUUGAGCACAACUAUUCAGAUUGCCACUAGCUCUGUUCAAACAUUUGUUGUUGCUGUUAUUUUUGAGAGAGAUUUUGAUCAAUGGAAGCUUGGGUGGAAUUUCCGACUCCUAGCUGUUGCUUAUUGUGGAAUUGUUGUGACAGGGCUUGCAGUUUACCUGCAAACUUGGGUUGUGCAGAAGAAAGGUCCUCUCUUCUUUUCAAUCUCUACACCUCUGGCUUUGAUCUUCACCAUGGCUUUUUCUGCAUUUUUAUUCGGAUCCAUUCUUAGUUUGGGAAGUAUUCUGGGAGCGGUGUUCUUGAUCGGAGGCCUAUACUGUGUAUUAUGGGGAAAGAACAAGGAGCAAAAAAUGGCAGCAAACAACACUAUUAAUCCAACGGUUGAGAGCGAGAAGGGGUCAGUCGCCGGAUCAUCAGGGAAAACUGCACCACACUUAACGUUCAAGAGUUUCGGAAUGCUUUUUGCGGUCUCUUUUGUUGGGUGA